AUGUGGGUUGCUUACUACUAUGCGCUCGCGCCUCUGGCCGCCCUCCUCGUCUACGAAAUUCGCUCGAGACUGAACGCGAAGCGUCUUCCCCCGGGCCCUAGGCCUCUCCCCAUUAUUGGAAACUUGCUGGAUGUUCCGAGCGAAGCCGCUUGGAAGGUCUAUGCUGAGUGGGGAAAGAAGAAAUAUGGUGAUAUCAUAUAUUUCAAAGUUCUGCAAAAAUCGGUCAUUGUCAUCAACUCCGCGACCGUCGCGCAUGACUUGCUGGACAAGCGAAGCGCUAUUUAUUCAAGUCGCCCAUGGGUUCCUAUGGCUGGUAACGUAAUUGGAUGGAAUUGGGCACUUCCUCUCGUCACAUAUGGAGAGACCUUCAGGCGACACCGCAGGUACCUGCAACGAUACUUUGCGAAGCCCCUCCUUCCGGAUUAUUAUCACAUACAACUAAAAGAGGCACGCCGAAUGAUAAACGAUAUCCUAGAAGAUCCAGAUAACUAUAAACGGCAUAUCGAGCGAAUGGCGGGAGCAAUCAUCAUGGAGAUUGUCUUCGGGCACGAGGUCAAGUCUACGGACGAUAAAUUCCUACAAAUCGCCUCCAAAGGAGGUAAAACUAUUGCGGCGGCUGGUGCUGUUGGUGCACACCUUGUCGACUUAUUCCCACUUCUGCGCUUCAUCCCAGACUGGUUCCCCGGAACUGGAUUCAAACGCCUUCCCCCUGGGACGCGGGAAGAUCUAGCUGCAAUGCGUAACGUCGCAUUCGAGUAUGUAAAAGAAAAGAUGGCAAAAGGAAUCGCUCGCCCAUGUUAUACGUCGACUUUAUUGGAAGAAACAAACUUCGCGGAUGAAGAAGGUGUAAGAGAUACCGGUGCGAACGUCUAUUCAGCUGGCUUCGAUACGACACUGUCGGCUCUCAUGAGCGCCAUGAUUGCAUUAGUUCUUGAUCCUGUCAUUCAGGCGAGAGCACAGGCCGAACUUGAUACUGUCAUUGGAAAGAAUCGACUACCUGAUUUCACCGAUCGCGAAAGUCUGCCUUACAUCCAGUGCAUCAUUAUGGAGGCAUUCAGAUGGGGAGCAACAACACCAGUCGGCGUACCGCAUUGUCUAACCCAGGACGACGAGUACAACGGGUAUUUCCUUCCCGAAGGCAGUACAAUCGUUGCAAAUGCUUGGGCAAUGCUGCACGAUCCAGCAGUCUACCCCGACCCUGAGACAUUCAAUCCAGACCGCUUCUUGAAAGGCGAAGGCCGCACCCCUCAGCCUGAUCCUCGUGGACCUGCGUUCGGUUUUGGUCGACGAGCCUGCCCUGGAAAGGACAUCGCCGAGAACACUAUCUGGAUCACCAUAGUCUCGAUAUUUUACGCAUUCAAGUUGACUCCUGCUGUCGACGAGAAUGGCGUAGAGAUCCCUAUUGAUAGACAACUCAGCGAGCACAGCGUGCGCCAUCCCCCGCCAUUCAAGUGUACCAUUCGGCCCCGCUUGACGAACUCUGAGACACUAGUCAGACAUGGCCAAGAUUAGAAGGAUUGCGAACGCUAUUUAGAGGUAUCCUACCUGAGUACUAUUUAUUACGGUACUGUCAAACAUCGGUAGCUUAGGGUACCGUUGAUCCCCCCUUUUUUUCAUUUAUUCGACUUGUUUCGAUAAAUCCAACUGUCAUUCAUAAUUUUUGUC